ACCAAGUGAAAAAAUGGAGGGCUACAAACCUUGUUUAGUUGCAGUGCUUAUACAGGCAUUCUAUGCAGGCAUGCAUAUGGUUUCCAAGGCUGCAAUAAAUGAUGGUAUGAAGACUUACAUACUUGUCUUCUACAGGCAAGCUAUUGCAGCAGUGUUCUUAGCGCCUAUAGCCAUCUUUCUUGAGUGGAAAACUGCGCCACCUCUAACCGUAACAGCAUUCAUCAAGAUUUUUAUGCUUUCACUCUUUGGGAUCACAUUGAGCUGGAAUUUGAACAAUUUGGCUCUUGGAUACACAUCUGCACCGUUGGCUGCUGCCAUUGGUAAUACAAUUCCAGUGAUUACUUUCUUCCUCGCAGUGCUAUUGAGAAUGGAAAGUUUCAACCUGAAGACCAUACCUGGAAUUUCAAAGGUUGCAGGAAUAGCACUAUGCUUAGGAGGAGCAGCAACCAUUGCCUUCUUCCAUGGCCCCAAUUUAAGACUAUUGGUUCACCAUCACUUGCUCAACAGUCACAGCCUAGAAAAUCCGGGUCAUGCUCCUGCUAGCACCACAUGGGUCAAGGGUGUAUUUCUAAUGUUUCUUGCCUACAUAUUGUGGAGUUCGUGGAUUGUAUUCCAGGGCGACCUAUUGAAAAGCUAUCCAUCAAAACUCAUUUCCACAACUCUUCAGAACUGCAUGAGCACAAUUGACUCAUUUGUUGUUGCCAUUUCUCUGGAAAGAGAUCCUAAUGAAUGGAAGCUUGGAUGGAAUGUUAGACUCUUAUCCGUUGCAUACUGUGGAAUUGUAAUUAGUGGUAUUACAUUUUACUUGCAAGUUUGGGUUAUUGAGCAGAAAGGGCCAUUGUUUCUAGCCAUAUGGACUCCACUUGUUCUGGUGUUCACAAUCUGUGUUUCAGCUGUCCUUUUUGGGGAGAUAAUCAGCCUAGGAACUGUUUUAGGAGCACUAUUGCUGAUUACGGGCCUCUACUGUGCGUUAUCGGGCAAGAGUAAAGAGCAAAGCAAGGUACAAGGGAAUUGCGCUUCAACUACUAAUCACACACCAAAAUCAGAGACUGCACGGCAGGAUGAAAUACCAGUGGGAAGAACAACAAAGCAAUCAUCAACUGAGAAUUCUUGCUCCUCUGUUUGAAUCCAAGGCGUGAUCAAGCUCAAGCAAGCGUUUGUUAACUUUGUCUGAA